AUGGCGUACAACUUCCAAUUCGCGUAUUCAUCGGCGCCUCUGCGCACGGUCAAAUACGUGCAAUUUGGAAUCAUUUCUCCUGAGGAGAUGAAGUCUAUGGCAGUCGCAAAGAUCGAGCAUCCUGAGCUGCGCGACGAGGACGGCAAGCCCAAGAUUGGCGGCCUACUCGACCCGCGCAUGGGCACGAUCGAUCGCAACUUCAAGUGCCAGACAUGCGGUGAGAACAUGACCGAAUGUCCUGGCCACUUUGGCUACAUCGAGCUCGCCAAGCCCGUGUACCACAUUGGCUUUAUCAGCAAGGUGAAGAAGAUUCUGGAGUGUGUGUGCUGGCGCUGCUCGAAGCUCAAGGCCGACACGAGCGACCCUGUGUUCCAGGCAGCGCUGAAGAUCCCCGAUGCCAACAAGCGCAUGAAGCGCGUGUGGGACAUUUGCAAGUCGCGCACGAUCUGCGAGCUGUCGGGUGAGGAGACGGCGACGGGUGAAAACAUGGCAGCCAAGCUCAACGGCAUGCCGAUGUCGGAGGAGGACCGCGCGCGGCAGACUGUCAACGACAUGCUGGGCGAGGCGCGCAAGCACACCCACGGCGGAUGUGGUCAUCGCCAGCCCACAUACCGCAAGGAGGGCCUGAAGCUGUUUGCGACGUACAAGCCUGGCGCCAACGACGAGGGCACGCCCGAGGGCAAGCAUGUGCUUAGUGUCACUGCCGUGCUGCAGGUGCUCAAGCGCAUCUCGGACGAAGACUCGUUCGCCAUGGGAAUCAACCCGGACUAUGCUCGCCCCGAGUGGAUGAUCCUGACUGUGAUGCCAGUGCCGCCGAUGGCGGUGCGCCCCAGCAUCCAGAUGGACGCGACUCGCCAGAGCGAGGACGAUCUGACGUACAAGCUCAACGACAUUCUCAAGGCCAACGCGCGCGUGCGCAGCUGCGAGAUGGAGGGUGCACCCAUGCACAUCAUCGAGGAGUUUGAGGCACUGCUGCAGUUCCACACAGCGACGUUCAUGAACAACGAGCUGUCGGGCCUGCCGCAGGCGCUGCAAAAGUCUGGCCGCCCAAUCAAGUCGAUCCGUGCCCGUCUGAAGGGAAAGGAGGGCCGUCUGCGUGGCAACCUGAUGGGUAAGCGUGUCGACUUCUCGGCACGUACGGUUAUUACUGGUGACCCAAACAUCUCGAUCGACCAGGUCGGUGUGCCGCGCAGCAUUGCGCGCAACCUGACGUACCCGGAGACGGUGACACCAUACAACAUCGACCGCCUGCAGGACAUGGUCCGAAACGGGCCCAGCGAGCACCCGGGUGCAAAGUAUGUGAUCCGCGACACUGGCGAGCGUAUUGAUCUGCGACACAACAAGCGCGGCGGCGACAUUCCGCUGCAGAUCGGAUACCGCGUUGAGCGCCACCUGCUCGACAAUGACGUGAUCAUUUUCAACCGCCAGCCAUCGCUGCACAAGAUGUCCAUGAUGGGACAUCGUGUCAAGGUCAUGCCGUACUCGACGUUCCGCCUUAACCUGUCGGUAACAUCGCCGUACAACGCCGAUUUCGACGGUGAUGAGAUGAACUUGCACGUGCCGCAGUCUGAGGAGACCCGUGCCGAGAUCAAAGAGAUCUGCAUGGUUCCGAAGCAGAUUGUGUCGCCGCAGUCCAACAAGCCCGUCAUGGGUAUCGUGCAGGACACGCUGUGCGCCAUCCGCAAAUUCACCAAGCGCGACACGCUGCUAGACAUCGACAUGGUUAUGGCGCUGCUGCUGUGCGCACCCGACUGGGACGGUGUGAUCCCGACACCGUGCAUCCUGAAGCCCAGGCCGAUGUGGUCGGGCAAGCAGGUGUACAGCCUGGUCAUCCCCAAGGGCACCAACUGCAUGCGGUUCCACUCGACCCACCCCGAUGACGAGACGACCUGGAUCUCGCCUGGAGACACACGUGUGAUCAUCGAGAACGGCGAGCUGCUGUGUGGUAUCGUGUGCAAGAAGACCAUCGUUACGCGGCACUUCUUUGACGGAACCCAGCGUGUCAUCAACAACUGGUUCCAGCACAACAGCUUCAGUAUCGGUAUCGGCGAUACGAUUGCCGACGACUCAACCAUGGAGACUGUGGGUACUAUCAUUCGCGAGUGCUACGAGCGUGUCGACGAGCUCAUCCGCAACGCGCAGGAAGACAAGCUGGAGUGCAUGCCUGGCAUGACCCUGAAGGAGUCCUUUGAAAACAAGGUUAAUGGCGAGCUUAACCGUGCCCGUGACCAGGCCGGCAAGACUGUGCAGCGCCGACUCAAGGAGACCAACAACGUGCGCCAGAUGGUCGAUGCCGGAUCCAAGGGAUCGUACAUCAACGUCUCGCAGAUGACGGCCUGUGUCGGCCAGCAGAACGUCGAGGGCAAGCGUAUCCCGUACGGCUUCAAGUACCGCUCCCUGCCGCACUUUGCCAAGGACGACUACUCGCCCGAGAGCAAGGGCUUUGUCGAGAACUCGUACCUGCGUGGUCUGACGCCGCAAGAGUUCUACUUCCACGCCAUGGGUGGCCGUGAGGGUCUCAUCGAUACUGCUGUGAAGACUGCUGAGACCGGGUACAUUCAGCGCCGUCUGAUCAAGGCGCUUGAGGACAUCAUGUCGCAGUACGACGGCACCAUCCGUAACUCGCUGGGCCAGGUCGUGCAGUUCGUCUAUGGCGAGGACGGCAUGGACGGAUGCUUCAUUGAGCGCCAGAAGCUGGCGUCGACUCGCCUCAAGAACGCGCAGUUCGAGAGCAAGUACCGCGUCGAUGUCAUGGACCGCAACAAGAGCUUCAAGCCCGGGUCGCUGGACUUCUCGGUGCUCAAGAACGUCGAGGGUAACGACGAGGUGCAGCGCGUGCUUGACGGCGAGUUCAAGCUGCUGACCGAGGACCGCAACAUUGCCCGCAACUUUAUUGUCACUGACGGCAACAGCAGCAAGCCGCUGCCAGUCAACCUGGAGCGUCUGCUCAAGAUUGCCCAGCAGACGUUCAACAUUGAUCGCCGCAAGCCGUCGAACCUGAACCCCAUCGAGAUCGUGAAUAUGGUCAACAUGCUGUCGGAGCGGCUCACGGUUAUUCGUGGCGACGACAAGCUCAGCGCAGAGGCGCAGCACAACGCUACGCUGCUGUUCCAGAUCCACCUGCGCUCGACCCUGGCGUCGAAGCGCGUGCUUGAGGAGUUCCACCUCAACAAGGACGCCUUUGACUGGGUCCUGGGAGAGGUUGAGACGCGCUUCAAGCGCUCGCUGGUCAACCCUGGUGAGAUGGUUGGCGUUAUUGCUGCGCAGUCGAUUGGUGAGCCGGCCACGCAGAUGACGCUAAACACGUUCCACUUUGCCGGUGUCAGCUCCAAGAACGUCACCCUUGGAGUGCCGCGUUUGAAGGAAGUCAUCAACGUGGCGACCAACAUCAAGACGCCGUCGCUGACUGUCUUCCUGACCAACGAGGCUGGCCGCAACCUGGAGCGCGCCAAGGAUGUGCAGGUCGCCAUCGAGCACACCACCCUGGCCAAGGUCACGGCAGCAACUGAAAUCUGGUACGAUCCCGAUGUGCAGGACACGAUCAUCGACGAGGAUCGCGACUUUGUGCAGGCGUACUAUGAGAUGCCCGACGAGCAGAUCCCAGUCGAGACCAUCUCGCCCUGGCUGCUGCGUAUCGAGCUCAACCGUAACAUGAUGAUCGACAAGAAGCUGUCGAUGACUGAGGUCACCAACAAGCUGACCGAGGUCUUCAACCGCGACCUGCUGUGCAUCUGUAACGACGACAACUCGGAGAAGCUUGUGGUGCGCUGCCGCAUCAUCAACGCUGAGGGCAUGAACAAGGACGAUGACCUUGAGGACGGCCAGAUGGAGGAGGACGUGUUCCUCAAGCGCAUCGAAACGCACAUGCUGGACAACGUGGUGCUGCGCGGUAUCCCUGGCAUCAAGCGCGUGUACCUUGUUGAGAAGGACAAGAUCAUCACCAAGGAGACCGGUGAGUACGACAAGCAGACCGAGUGGGUCAUUGAGACUGACGGCAUCAACCUACGCGAGGUGAUGUGGCAGGACAACGUUGAUCCCAAGCGCACGUACUCCAACCACCCCAUCGAGAUUCUCGAGGUGCUGGGUAUCGAGGCUGGCCGUGCUGCGAUCCUGAAGGAGGUGCGCAACGUUAUCGAGUUUGACGGUUCAUAUGUCAACUACCGCCAUCUGUCGCUGCUUGUCGACCUGAUGACAUCGCGGGGUAUCCUGACUGCCAUUACCCGCCACGGAAUCAACCGUGCCGAGACCGGUCCGCUCAUGCGCUGUACCUUCGAGGAGACGGUCGAAAUUCUCAUGGACGCCGCUGCCGUCGGAGCCAUCGACGACUGCCGCGGUGUGGCAGAGAACAUCCUGCUGGGCCAGCUGGCGCCUCUUGGCACGGGUUCGUUCGACGUCAUGCUCGACGACGAGAUGCUGAGCCAGGUCGUCAUUGACCCGCGUGCCCAGGGCUUCGACUUGGCCAACGCGCCCUCGGGCGUGCCAGCAUAUGUCCUGGCAGGAUCGCCUGGCCCGAGCGGCAGCAUGUCGCCGCAGAUGACGCCUUAUGACAGCCGCAGCCCCGACUAUGUGGGCAUGGGCGGACCUGGAUCUCCGGUCAGCGCUAUGUUCUCGCCCAUUGUCGACAGCGGUGCCACGUCGCCUGGGUGGAAUGGCGCCAGUCCGUACUCGCCGGCGUCGCCCUCGUACAGCCCGACGUCGCCAACAUACAAUGCGACAUCGCCGUCAUACUCGCCAACGUCGCCGCAGUAUUCCCCGACGUCACCCUCGUACAGUCCGACGUCUCCAUCGUACAGCCCCACCUCGCCCAGAUACGGUCAGACAUCGCCGCAGUACUCGCCCACGUCGCCGUCCUACAGCCCGACGUCGCCGUCGUACUCGCCGACAUCGCCCUCGUACAGCCCCACAUCACCUUCGUACAGCCCGACGUCUCCGUCAUACUCGCCGACGUCGCCUUCAUACAGCCCGACGUCGCCGUCCUACAGCCCCACGUCCCCGUCGUACUCGCCUACGUCUCCUUCGUACAGUCCCACGUCGCCUUCGUACAGUCCGACUUCACCCUCAUAUAGCCCGACGUCGCCGUCCUACAGCCCGACGUCUCCGUCAUACUCGCCGACGUCGCCUUCUUACAGCCCGACAUCGCCGUCCUACAGCCCCACGUCCCCGUCGUACUCGCCGACGUCUCCUUCGUACAGUCCCACGUCGCCUUCGUACAGUCCGACUUCACCCUCAUAUAGCCCGACGUCGCCGUCCUACAGCCCGACGUCUCCGUCGUACUCGCCAACCUCGCCAUCUUACAGCCCGACAUCGCCGUCGUACUCGCCCAACUCGCCCUCGUACAGCCCUGGCGGUGGCUUCAAUGGCGAUAACCAGCAUGGUGGAAACCAGAGCAACGGCAACGGAGGCUCGGCAUCCGGCAGCGGGAGCACGAACGACCAGCAGCAGGGCGGUGGUGCCGGUUGGUCUCCAUCGUAA